AUGGAUUCAACUGAAAACACAGAGAAGGGUGCAACAGGAAACAGCAUCACUGAGAAAAUUGUAGAGUCUGAAACAAAUGAUUCAGUAAAGCAUCUCUCCAUGGUCCUUUUGGGCCUUCAGAGAGCCCCGUUUGAGCCCCUACAGCCAGUUGAGCUGAAAGCCCCCUCUUUGAAGAUGGCCCUCUUUACUGCGCUCACGAAAUCCAUCAAGAGGGUUCGGGACCUGCAGGCAUCCUCUGGCAGCGACACCUGCCUGGAAUCCGGUCCAGAGUGUUCUCACGUGGGAGAAAACAUGAACUUUGGGACAACAGGAGUCAGUCCAGGUCAAGAAUUACAACAGGAAAAGACUAGAAGAGAAAAAAGAGAGCUGUUUCAGAGACUUCAUCUUGAGGGCAAACUGCAAAACAAACUGAAAAGAAAAGAUCUUCUUCAGAUAACUGCAGCUUCAUUACAGUCUCAUGAGUCUUGUGCUGAAGAGGAACUGUUUCAGACAUUCCUACGAAAACUACUGUUGAUGGACUACAGAGCAAGAUACAUUAAAACUAAAGAGACCACUGAACAAGAACACACAAUACAAAAAGACAAUGACUCAUAUGAUGAUGAAGGCGAUUUUUUCAAUAUAAUGUCUUUGGCUAAUGAAGAAACAAGCAAAUCUGACCCUGUUCACCCAAUGGACAUUCAGAUGGCCGUGUUUCAUUGUGCUGAUAGUUUCCUGAAGCAGCUGAUGGUGACUAAACUGUCACAGUGUCAAUAUGCUCUGCCUCUGCUUGUACCGGAUCCAUUCACACAACACAUUGAGUUUCCUCUCUGGACAUUUAGACAAAUCAACAAGAGCUGGAAGACAUUUGGUUAUAAAGGGGAAAUCAUCAGUAAAGUCCAGCCAGUCUGUAAGGCAGAAACUCCAAUGGUGUGUUUCUUCAGGUUUGGCUCAGUGUCCUCAUCCAAGUCUCAGCUGAUGAACAGUCUGAUCAAUGAGAAACACAACACGUUCUUCCACAGGAACUGCCCAGGCAGCAGCAGAACCAGAGUACUGAUGGAUGGAGUGGUGGAGAUCGCCUGGUACUGCCCGUCUGGAAAAAACACAGAUAAAUGUAAUGACUGUGUGGCGUUCUGUAAUCUACAUGGUGAUGCAGGAGACCAUGAGAAACAGCUGGAGAUCCUGACGGAAAUGUCAUCAGUCAAUGUUGUUAUUCUACCACAGCUUAACAGGGAUGACAAAAAUAUGACAAAAGUUGAAAAACUCUACAAAGACUCAAAGCCACUCAUUUGCCUUUUUGCUGAGGACAAAUCUGCUGUAAUUCAGACAAAUAAAACAAAAAAAUACAAAAUAGGUUUGAAAGACAGAAAUCAGUCAGAUGUAUCUGAAGAACUCAGAAGAGCUAUAAAUGAUUGUCUCUCAAUCUCAUCUUCAGAAUCAACUUUCAUUUUCAGACUUCAAGAUGUGUCUAAACACUCAGAUAUCAGAGUAGAUGAAGAUGAUGAUGAAGACUGCAGGAUGGCAAAAGAAGCAGCACAGCAGAUGAUGAGAUUACUGGAGAAUAAAGAUCUGACAAAAAUCAAAGAAUCAUUUCUGCCCUGUCAGGGAAAACUGUGGCAUCAGUGGAGUCAGAAGAACAAAGAACUACAUCGACCUGAAGGAAAUAAUUUAGAAACGGAAACCAGUAAAAAACAACAAGAGAUGAAGGAAAUACGUGAACAGCAGCAUGAAUCUGUGCUUAGUGACUUCAUGAAGUACUUUAUUAAUGAAAUUAAUAAAAAAUAUGCUGCCAAUAAGAAAACCGUUUUCCUCAAAUGGCUUGGGAUCCUCAUGGAUGAAUACACCUCAAAUGACCUUUCUGCUCUACAUCACAGUUAUUAUAAGAAAUGGUCAACAGUCUUAAAUAUGAAAGAGAGAAAUAAGUCUGACCAACUUAAGACUGAUCAAAGAGAACAACUUAAAUGUGAUCAAACAGAACUUGAGAGAAUAUCUAAAGAACUUCAAGAUGCAACCUUUGGUGUGGAGCACAUCCUGAGAGAGAUAGCUCAGAUCUAUGAAUCAUGUUCAUCUGUGAAGAAGAACAAGAAAGGUCUGCAGUUUGACUUCUCUUCUCUCCCGAGUCUUGCAGCAGAGAUGAUGAUCUCUGGAUUUCCUCUGGAGCUGAUGGAUGGAGAUGCUGCUCAUGUUCCUCUGAUCUGGAUCUCUGCUGUUCUAGAUGAACUCAUCAGGAAACUGGGAGACCAGAGAGUGUUUGUGCUGUCUGUUUUAGGGGUUCAGAGCUCUGGGAAAUCCACCAUGCUGAAUGCCAUGUUUGGACUGCAGUUUGCCGUCAGUGCUGGCAGGUGCACCAGAGGAGCUUUCAUGCAGCUGGUCAGAGUGUCAGAGGAGAUGAAAGCACAACUAAAGUUUGACUAUAUUCUGGUGGUUGAUACUGAGGGACUUCGUGCUCUAGAACUGGCUGGAAGGUCAACAAGACAUCAUGACAAUGAAUUGGCCACAUUUGUUGUGGGUCUUGGGCAUCUGACAUUGAUCAACAUCUUUGGAGAAAACCCAUCUGAGAUGCAGGACACACUUCAGAUUGUUGUUCAGGCCUUCCUGAGGAUGAAGAAAGUAAAUCUGAAUCCCAGCUGUAUGUUUGUGCAUCAGAAUGUUUCAGAUGUCACAGCUGGAGAGAAAAACAUGGAGGGAAGGAGAAAACUGCUGGAGAAACUGGAUGAAAUGACAAAACUUGCUGCUAAAGAUGAAGUCUGUGAUGCAGAAAGUUUCAGUGAUGUCAUUGCAUUUGAUGUAGAGAAUGAUGUGAAGUAUUUUGCACAACUCUGGGAGGGCAGCCCACCCAUGGCACCACCAAACCCAAACUACUGUGAAAAUGUUCAAGAAUUAAAGAAAACUAUUCUUAAACAGGCCUCAACAUCAGAUGGCAUGAUGUUGACACACCUGAAAGAACGUAUUCAAGAUCUCUGGGAGGCUUUGCUGAAUGAACGAUUUGUGUUCAGCUUCAGAAAUUCUCUGGAGAUUUCAACAUACAGGAGACUAGAGACAGAAUACAGCAAGUGGACCUGGAGUCUUCGGAGUGCCAUGUUGGAAAUUGAGAACAAACUACAAAACAAAAUAGAAAAUGAAACAAUUCAUGAGGUUGAUGAAGCACAUCUUCAAAGAGAACUGAAAGAGAAAAGUGAAGAAGUGAAAAAAUCAAUGACCAAAUUCUUUGAGAAAGACAAAGAAAAAGAAAUUCUGAUUCAGUGGAAAGCUUCAUUUGAAAUAAAAAUCAAAGAGCUUCAAGAAAACAUAGUGAGGGAAUCAAAGAGGAAAUUAAAUGAGAUUCUUCAGCAGCGAGAUCUGAAGAAAGAGAUUGAUGCUCAGAGGACACAUCAUGAAAACACUCUCUUUGAAAAGAGCAAAGAACUUGCCUUAAAACUCAAAGACAAAGCAAAUGAUGAAACAACUCUGAAAAAAGAGUUUGACUCCUUUUGGGAACAGCAUGUGAAGAAGAUCAUCAGAGACACUCCUCCAAUCAAAGACAUUGACAUAUUAAGAGAUGUGAAACAACUCCUCAGUGAUAUCAAUAAAAGUGCUCCUGUAGACUCGAGCAAGGACAGCAGGGAUGUUUUCUCUGUGCCGAAUUAUUCAAAUUAUGUACAGUUAAAGAAAUCCAGUGGAUUGAUAAAAAAAGCCUUCACGACAUUAAAAAUUUGCAAUGCUCUAUCUCAGGAAGAUGAAGCACAAAUAAGAACCUUAAUCACAGACAUUGAUCAGCAGACAGUCAAAAUUAUUAAGUCACACAACAUUGCAAAGAUGGGCUACAACAUCAGCUGCAUUCAAGAGCUUAUAGAUUACAUAAAGGCAAGAAUAUUAGAUCAUCAGGAAAAAACUGUGAAAUAUGUGUUCAAGAAUGAAUUCUUCAUGGAUUUGGUGUUUUCUAUCUGUAAGAGAGCAAACAAGACAUUCACUGACCAACACAGACUGUUCAGAGAAGCCAAUGAUCCUGUUCUCUAUGUUGAGAUGAAGAGAGGAGAGUACUACAGUAUUUUCCAGAAAUAUUGUAAAGGUGCAACAUCAGUGGUAAUAUUUGGUGAGAUCAUCUGUCAGAAACUGAAGGAGCCCAUCGAACAGAGUGUCUACAAAAACACUGCCAGAGAUUUAGCAGAUGAAAUGAGGACAAACUGUGAAUCACUGAAUGGAAACAGAUCUAAUCUGGAGAAACACAUCCUGAAGACACUGGCAGAAGAGGGGAAUUUUGACAAAUACAUCAACUACAUUCAUAAUCCCAAAGAUCACUUCAGGAGUUUCAUCAGAGAUGAAGUCAGUCAGUACAUCACUGAUAAGUUCAGUGUCAGUGUUCUGCCCAAGAUGAAAGAGAACAUGAAACUCCUGCAGCAGAAGAUCAUGAAAGCAGCUCAUGAAUCUACUGAACAUGUUAAAGUGAACAGUGCAGAUGUUGAUUUGUGGUUGAAAUGUUUCACACAGAAGCUCUCAGAUGUGCUGAUAUUCUCCAUUAAAGACUUCAGUGGAGUGAGUCGUGAUGAUGUUGAUAUCAAACUACUAGAAGAUGUGAUCAGAAAAGAACUUCCUUCUCUGAUUUCUGACAUAAGCAGUAAAUUCACUUCUAAAACUUUCCCAAGAAAGCUGGAUAAGGACAGACCAGAUGAGCUUCUGAUUGAUCACUUCUGUCAGUGCUGUUGGGUUCAGUGUCCUUUCUGUGGAGCCACCUGCACCAGCACAAUAGAAGACCAUGAUGGAGAUCACAGUGUUCGUUUUCAUAGAGUUGGUGCACUCAAUGGGAGUAUUUACAAAGAUACUGAGAUCUUCAGUCUUCUGAUCUGCACAACAGCAGUAGCUACCAAUGAUCAAUAUUUUUAUUCAUCUUCAUCAGAUAAGGAUGUCCUCUUUAGAGAAUACAGAAAAGGAGGUCCUGAUUUAGCUAACUGGAGCAUCACCCCUGACACUUCUGAGCUGCCGUACUGGAAGUGGUUAGUGUGCAAAUUCGAGAAAACACUGGAAGGGUACUACAAAUAUAAAUUUGAAAGUUACGGAAAGAUUCCAGAUGGAUGGAAAAACUACACAAAGCAGGAUGCUCUUAAGAGUUUGGAUGAAAACUUUUAAUUAAUAUGAACUAAUAGAACGGAUAAAGAAGCCUCAAAUUCACAGAACACAAUAAUACAAUAUAAGCAGUCAGUUUCAAUUAUUCUAAGAAAAAAAAAAGAAUAAGACAAAAGGUUUGAUAGGAACUCAACUGUAUUAUUAUACAACAAAUAAUACAACAAAUAAUAACAAAGAAAGCUUUUUAUAAUGA